AUGAGGUUUUGCAUGACCGUUGAUCAAGGACACCCAGGCUGCGAUGGAGAUCAGGGCUUACAAGGAGUUUUCGGACAUGAAAUCGGGACAAGGCAUAAGUAUGUAGGGUUGGUGAAGUUGGUGAAAGAGGCGGGAGGGAAGGCGAUUGUGUUUUCGGCAAAACAUGUGGCCGGAGUGGAGCCGGCCACCACCAGCAUUGCCCCAAUUUUGAGGUUUCCAAUGCCUGAUCUUGAUGAUGGUUUUGUAACAUAA